GUUAAUUUACAUAUAACACCGCCCAGAGUGGGGAUGAACAUCAUAAUCCAUUUAUUCUGGGCUGUCUCUGAAGUAAAAGACAAAAAACAGCUGGAAAAGUUUGGGAGAGUGUGUGACAAACAGGGCCAAGUGCUUCGAGAGACAAGAACUGAAGCUUGUUGGGCUCUUUGCCCCAAUUUUGGAUUACGGCAUGGACGCUUUGAAGUCGGCUGGAAGGGCAAUAAUUCGGAGCCCCAGUCUCGCUAAACAGUCAUGGGGUGUAGGCAGACAUAAAAAGCUGCCAGAGAACUGGACAGACACACGGGAGACCCUGCUGGAGGGCAUGGUGUUCCAGCUCAAGUACCUGGGCGUCACGCUGGUGGAGCAGCCCAAAGGAGAAGAGCUCUCCGCAGCCGCCGUCAAGAGGAUCGUGGCCACGGCCAAAGCCAGCGGCAAGAAACUCCAGAAAGUGACAUUAAAAGUGUCCCCUCGAGGAAUCAUCCUCUAUGACUAUGCCUCUAACCAGCUGAUCGAGAACAUAUCCAUUUACAGGAUAUCCUACUGCACAGCAGACAAGAUGCACGACAAAGUGUUUGCCUACAUCGCCCAGAGCCAACAGAAUGAAACCCUGGAGUGUCACGCCUACCUCUGCACCAAGAGGAAAGUGGCCCAGGCAGUGACGUUAACAGUGGCCCAAGCCUUCAGAGUGGCGUUUGAGUUCUGGCAGGCUGCCAAAGAAGACAAGGAGAAGCGUGUGAAGUUGGGGUCGGAUGGGGAAGGAGCCAGUAGUAGCCAGUCGGAGAGCUCGGCCAGCCUGGGCAGUCUGAAGGGAGGAGAAGUGGCCACAGGAAACCUUCUAGACUUGGCAGAGGGGGCGAACAUGGCACUGGUCCACUCUGGGACAAAGGAGAGCGAACUGGACCCCUUCAUGGUGCGCAACCACUCCACAGAGAACAACAAUACUGUAUGGGAGCUUGAGGAUGGUCUGGAUGAAGCUUUCUCAAGACUCGCUGAGUCUCGCAAUAACCCCCAGGUCCUGGACAUUGGGGUAAACCCUCAAGACUUCAACACCGAAGAGUGCCUGUCCCCAACUAACUGGGACAAAACGGACGCAGACAACACCGAGAAAGACGAUAUGUUUGGGUUCUAAGGGUGGAGCCACUGCGGACUCAAGGCAUUGAGGAAGGGAGAGAAAGAUAGGGAUUUGAGUGAAAGCAGUAGAGGCAGUGACUGGGAUGUCUGUGAAAUAGUAGUGCCAUGUACCUGAUUCUCCCUGAAAGUCCACUCAGUGGCGCCAUCUUGAGGGAUGUGACUGUUUGUGCAUCUAGCUGACCAACCAGGUGAGACCUUCCUGAGCAGAGAGCCUCCAGAACUCAUACCAAAGCAAUGUAACCAUUUGUUUCUUUUAAUUAAAUGUUAAACAUGCAGCCAUCUGGUGUUAAAUUCAACUGUGCAUUAUUAUUAUUUUCUAUUUGCCCACUGUAUAUGUAUCUACUGGUAUGUUUGAACUGUGUGUGUACACAAUUUAAGUAUGUAUAUACUGUAUACAUAAGCUGAUAGAGCUAUAUUUUAUCAUUUUUUGAGCAUUUGGUGAAGGCGCAGUUAAACAUUUAGAGGCAGAAAAUGGAUAAAACAGGUUAAACCUAUGGUCAGUGUUUGAUGUGGAGUCAGGGCUAAUGCCAUGGUUAUGUUCCCUAUGUUAAUGUACCUGUGGAUGGAGGGGAAACUUCACAGGUGAUGGAUUGAAAGCCACCAGCUGAACUCCAGCCCUGAUGCCAAAUAAGAAUAAUGAGUGCGGGUGACUCAUCUGUGCUCUAAUAAUUGGGCAAACAGGCUUGAUCAAAAUGGACUUGCAUAUAAAAUGUGUGAGUUGUGUGUAUAUGGAUUAAUCUUUUAUUCUAUUGCUAUAUCUAUUUUUGCACUCUACUCAUCCCUCUCCAAAGCACAUACUUUCAUGUUGGGGAUUGUUAUAACAUCAAACUCUUACAUAUACCACUAAUGUUGUCUAUGACCUUGUUUGUGCUAAUAAAGAUUUGAUAGUUUACUCAUCA